CGUUACUCUCCAACAGCCACUCCGCGAGGAAGUGUUACAUUGGGAAAUACGGGACAACAGCAGGGAUUUAUCAGGAAAAAAAUGGGGCAGCAUGGCAUCAAAUUGUGCAUCCUGUUGAACACUUUGGCAGCAUCAGUGCACACUUGGCACCUCAAUGAGGCCACCGUGUAUUGGGAUGCAGCCCAGAAAAGGGUGAUCCUGAAUGAGGGGGUGAAGGAGACAGAGGGUGGUGCUUAUGGUUACUUCAAUGACAGCCUGCAACUCACUGGAUGGGGCAUCUUGGAGAUCCGCGCUGGCUACGGAGACGUCCAAGAGGAAGAUGAGAUGACAUUUUUCCUGGCUGGCUACCUGGAAGGCUACCUCACUGCUGGACAAAUAUUUAACCAUUACUCCAACAUGUACCCCCAGCUAAUAAAGGAUGAGAGGGUUUUAAAUCCCUUGAAAAGAUUCUUAAGCAAACAGGACCAGUGGGCCAGGGAGCAAGUAAACCUGAGGAAGACUAGUGACCCUUUGUGGAAACAUUUGGGACUGAUCCUAGCCCAACUGGACGGCUUAAUCGCUGGAGCUGGACAAUGGGCCAAAGUCAAACACAUUGAACCUCUGUCUGCAUUUGCCGUGCAGUUUUUAAAUAGUGUCGGUGACCUCUUGGAUCUCGUCCCUGCGCUGACGCCUCGCCCCGAGUCUACUGGGCCCACCGCUUUCAGGAUGCCGGGAAUGGGCCACUGCACGGCCCUCAUAAAGGUGACAUCUGGGUUUGAGAAUCUGCUGUUGGGCCAUUCCAGUUGGUACAAUUAUGCAGCCACCAUGCGCAUCUAUAAACAUUGGGACCUCAGGGUGUCACAUUCAGCCACUGGAAAAAUGUCAUUCAGCAGCUACCCUGGUUUCCUCUCAUCUCUGGAUGAUUUCUACCUGCUCGGUAGCGGCCUGCUGCUGACUCAAACCUCUAUCGGUAUCUUCAACGCCUCGCUGUUUUCUCAGAUCAGCCCUCACAGCCUUCUGGCUUGGCAGAGAGUGCGAUUAGCCAACAGCCUGGCGCACAGUGGCCAUGAGUGGGCGCAGAUCUUCUCCAAAUACAACUCAGGUACAUAUAACAGCCAGUACAUGGUGGUGGACUUGAGUAAGGUUUCGCUGAGGCAGAGUAUCAGGACUGGAGCUCUGACUGUCGUGGAGCAGAUCCCCGGGAAAAUUCGGCACACUGACCAGACUCAAGCUUUACGAGGAGGCUACUGGCCAUCCUACAACAUUCCAUUUCAUGUUGACAUCUACAACCUGAGUGGGUACGAUGUGAUGUGGAGGCGAUACGGAGAAGACUUUUCCUACGAUCUUUGUCCCAGAGCCAAAAUUCUCCGCAGGGACCAGGCUAAGGUGUAUGACCUCAGGUCCCUCAAGCACAUCAUGCGAUACAAUAACUACAAAAGGGAUCCUUAUGCCAAGGGCCAUCCGUGUAAAACCAUUUGUUGCCGGAACGACCUGCGCCUAAAGAGACCACGCCCUGGAGGUUGUUAUGACACGAAGGUGACUGACUACCAGAUGGCUCUCCAGCUCGUUGCAGAGGCAAUAAACGGCCCUACAACCCAGGGGGGUCUUCGACCAUUCUCGUGGCACUCCUUUAACAUCACCGCCCACCAGGGUCUUCCUCCCAUGUAUAACUUUUCUUUUGUCACAAUGAAACACGUUCUCCAGCGGCCCUAAACGCACCUACCAUCACCUCUGUAAUAUUUGGUUUGGAAUCGUUUUGUCGGUUUUUUUUUUAUGCUAACAUUUGCUAAUUGCCAUUCGACACAAAGAGACAUGGCACAGGCUGUUUGCAGAUUGCAGGUUUUUGGAUAUGAUGCAAAGUGUUAUUCCCUGGAGUAGUGGGGGGGGGGGGGGCGACCUUUUCCUCCAGCAUCACCCGCAAAUGUUAAUGUUUAACCACUGGAGGGCUAUUUUGACAUGUAGCGCUGAUGCUAAAGGACGCAACUACGUGGAUUCUAUGUAGAUUAUUACAUGUAGUAAUAAAAGUGAUUAAAGAAUCAUUAACAUGUAAUGUAUAUUGUUUAGUUUUUAAUGUUAAGGCAAUGCCUGUGGAUGAAACAAAUAAUACAGACAAAUCUGAAAUGAAGUAACACACUGACCCACACGUGAAAUGAAUUUUCGUCUUUGUUUGCAUAGGGCUAUUGUUUUGUCUGCAGGUUUCAUUUUCACUUCCUGCUUACAUUGAGCAAGAUACUAAACAGUGAACACCCAGUUGAGCAACAUAGUAAAGAAGCAUGAUGGAACAGCCAUGUACUAACACAGUUUAUAUUCAAAAAGUCUGUACAUGUGUCAAAGUACAAUACAGUGUAUGCAUAUUUUUAUAUUUUAAAGAGUUUUAGAUUAGCUAAAUAUUGAUUCUGAGCUGCAGAUGACGUAAGUGGGUUGAUAUAGCUAGUUGCUACAUAGUGGUCCUAGUAAAAG